UUAGAAUUUUUGAAAAAUGUAAAUAUAAGAACCAUUAGUUUGCAUACUAAUAAACCACAAAAGAAAUCCUCUUUCAGUUAUUGGGACAUGAAGAAAAGUGCUAUGUAACAUCAGCACAUCUGUAUUGAGAAGAACCAGAAGUAUUUUCUGCAAUGGAAGCCAAGAUAGUCAUAUUAAUUGUUUUCAAAUAUUAUGACUCAAAUGCUCCCUAUUGUCUUUCUCUUGUGGCUUGUAGCACAGUGUUGCUGUGGAGUCUUUGUGAUCCUGUUUUUUGGAAACUAUUGGUUCCUGGGUGCUCUCUAUGUACUAUGGCUCUAUUCUGACUGGGAGACACCACAGGCUGGAGGGAGAAGAUCACAGUGGGUCAGAAGGUGGUCUGUUUGGAGGUUCUUCAGGGAUUACUUUCCAAUUCACCUUAUCAAAACAUCAGAUUUGGAUCCAAGCCAUAACUAUCUGUUUGGAUUUCACCCCCAUGGUGUCCUUGUUGCUGGAGCCUUUGGAAACUUUUGUACAGAAUAUUCAGGUUUUAAGGAGUUAUUCCCUGGCCUUACUCCAUAUCUUCACAUCUUGCCCUUCUGGUUCAGCUGUCCCUUCUUCAGAGAAUACAUAAUGUCUGCUGGACUGGUUUCGGCAUCCAAGAAGAGCGUGUCUUAUGUGUUGAAGAAAGGUGGAGGUGGAAACAUCUCAGUGAUUGUGAUUGGAGGUGCAGAAGAGUCUUUGAACGCACGUCCUGGAAGUUUAACUCUGAGCAUCCUCAAAAGGAAAGGUUUUAUCAAGAUGGCUUUGAAGUUUGGGGCUCAUCUGGUCCCAGUAUUUUCUUUUGGAGAAAAUGAACUGUUUAAACAAGUUGCAAACCCCAAAGGAUCGUGGCUCAGAAACUUACAAAGUAGAAUGCAGAAGGUAAUGGGGUUUGCUUUACCACUCUUUCAUGCCAGAGGAAUCUUUCAGUACAGUUUUGGCUUGAUACCAUACAGGAAACCUAUUCACACAGUUGUGGGGAGCCCUAUUGCUGUGAAACAGAGCUUGAAUCCUACAGCUGAAGAGAUUGAACAGCUGCAUCAGACCUACUUGCAAGAACUAAAAACGUUAUUUGAAGAGCACAAAGGAAAAUACGGGAUCCCACAGCAUGAAACUCUUGUCUUUGAAUAACUGAAAACUCAGGGAAUCUUGAUCAAAGGAAAGUUGCCUCUGUAAUUGUUCUUGUAUAAGAGUACCCUGUGCGUGUAGUGUGUGUGUGUCCAUUAGGAUGGGAUUAGGGGAUAUUAUAUCACUUUUAGUCAUGGAAAACAGCCUAAUUCAUUUGAGGUCUGAUCCUGCAUCCCAUCAGAUGUGAGUGGCCCCUAUAGGUUCAUCUGCAGGCAAAGUUGUUGGUACUUUUCCUACCAUUGGCUUAGAUGCUAAGCUGGUAAGAACAUCCUUGUAGAUGGAGUACAGAUGUUCAGCACCAGAUCACCUAAUCCUGCUGGCUGAUGGAGCUGCACCAAAAUGAGCUCAACAAUGAUGCUAACAUACUGUGCCCUUAACUUCAGCUGUGUUGUUCCUGAUGCAUUACCAAAGGAAUAUCUUGUUGUUGGGGCAUUAACCGAAGCUCUUUUCAAUGUGGCAUUGAGUUGCUUUCUGAAUAUCAAGAAGUACCUGUGCUAGCCUCUGAAGGAAAAGCUGUGUAUUUCAAGUGGAUGGUCAUCAGGAACCAAAUGCAAAUACACAAAUAUGGGGGCAGUUUGUGGUUGCUCCUUUUCCAAAUAGUGUUCUCAGCCUAUAAACUAGUAUACAACAGGUUCACCUCAUUUGAGAGGGUUGACAGGGUUUUGUGGAGGGAGGUGUGUGUGUGUGCAUGUAUUGAUGUAUUGGGUGGUGGGGGAGAGAUCUAGAUGACUUUUUUUUUUUUUAGUAGAGACUACAUUUUGGGGUCAUGGGUUUCCCAAAAAAGUUGCUGUAUUUUAGACAUUCUGUUCUCAGGAAGUAACAAGCAUUGUACUACAUGGGAGACAAUCUGCUUCAGAGACCAAGAGGGAUCUUUGAUUCCCUCUCCACACUUUCCCCUACAGACUUCAUUUUACAAAUUAUUGGAAGACUCGCUUAGGGCAGACAUCCUAAUACAUGGUCUUGUUCAGUUCAGUUCAGUUCUACAGCUACACCAAGGAUGAUGUAGUCCAGAAGCUAGACCAAAGGACUGGGAGCCAGUGUGUGAAGUUUUAUUCCUGCUGCUAUUGUUAGACUGGGCAAGCCACUUAACCUUUCUGUGCCUCAGUUUCUAUACCUGUAAGGUAGGAAUGCCCCUUGCUAUAGGGAAGUAAUUUAUAUUGCCACUUUCUCAUCCUCUUCAGCUGGAUAUGUGUGUGAAGAAAUGUGCUGAGAUGUUGCCUAUUCUCUCCCUUGCUUCAGAUAAUCAGUGCAUGAUGCUGCAGGGUGUGUGCCACCAAGUGCAUGAGGAGCAAGGAAGGGGGAGACCAGUCACUUGCUGGGCAAUGAGAACCCCAAGGAACUUGCUCCAAUAACUUGGGUUGGACUCUGCUGAAGGGACACGUCCAGUGCAGGGUGCUCCUUUGUAUUCUGAAAGGGGGCGGCUAACGUAGGAGAAGGGGAAGGAAGCUGAUCAGAACCACAACUCCCUCCAUGACUUGGAGAAGAAGCUUGUAUCUAAACUAGUCAAAAAAAAGCUAGAAGCACAGCCUGUAUUUGUCAGGAAGAUUUCACAACAGGAAGUGAUCAUGAUGCAUUACCUCAAUGGCACAUGACUUCAGGAGCACAGCACCUAAAUGUAAGCAGGUUCUUUUUACCCUGUGGCCAUAGAUGUACCUAAACAUGGAUGUCUGAGCUUAAAUCUAGGCACCUGUUUCUUUUUAAUGCCCAAAAGUGCUCAGGUCCCCAAAACGGCAAUGUGUAAAGGGUGGAGCAGAUUAUGCAUUAAUAUUUUUGAUAGGUGAAAAUAUAUGUAUUUUGUAAAUUUUUUUAUGUACACAUGGAGAAAAUGUGUUGGUUUACAGUUUCAUUCUAAAGAAUUUAUCUCACUUCAGAUUAUUUGCUGACUUCAUGAUAUCAAAUGCAACAUUAGCUAGCAUCUGAAUGAGGCCAACUCUACACAGGAAAUAGAAUUGUGAUUUCCAGUCCUCAGCUUCUGCUGCUGGAAGUGCCCCUCACUGGACAUGCUCUGGGGGCAGUGCUGCUGGGUAGACAAAGGUAGGGCAGGCAUCACAUCCUCGGAUACCUCAAGAGCCACUUCCUUGUCCCUGAAAAUAAUUUCAUUAGAAGGUAGAUGCUUAUGAUCCAGGUGUGGGGCUGGACCAUUUGGAAGAUGAAAAUGGACAAACAUGUUUUGAGGGACUAUAACACAGGAGCAGUCAUCAUGACAUCACCUGUAUUUGGUUAACAAUGAACUCCCAUGAAACGAUGUUACUUUUUCAUAAUAAUCAGGGCUGUGAGAGAGUUGGUAUUGCAUGCACUGGAGGAGCAGCUGUUUCCUCUCCAGGCAGACUGCUUACAAAUCAUUUCCUUUUUUCUGUUACUGCUUUAAGCAAUGGGUCCUUUCCUCUCUUGCUGCUGUCCCUUAUGCUGUCUGGAAACUGCUGCAGUGCUGCAGAGCCCCUGAUUUCUUCAUGCACCAACCUACUCUGUACGGGUUAGGGACUUCUGAAGGUGCACAAAAACAUCCUCUGGGGCCAUUUAUCAAUGAGCAGGGAGAGAGGAGGGUCAGAAAUCAAAUUUGAGGACUUAACCAAAGAUCAGGAGUGUUCAUGUUCUUGGAAGUGAUGGGGUUUGGUAGGAUGGACUUAGCUGGGAUGAGGAGGACAAAGGGAAGCAAACAGCUCACUCUAUCAGCGGUGUUCUGAAACAGGAGGCCUUACCUCACCAUCUUCUUGGAGUAGCAGUUACUUGAUGGCUUUCUGUCAUCAUACUCCAUAAAUUUCUGGUCACUGACCACCUGCUUGCCUGCUACUGAAUGGGAUGACAUACAAGUUGAGAUAUGUGAACUAAAAACCACCAAAAGGGAACUGAUUCCAGUAGAUGUAUCUAGUUAGGUUGAUAUCACAGAAGUAGAUUCAGCUUCAAGCUAAGGCCAGUCUUGGACUUUGCAUGGAGGCUGUGAGAGUCAGGCUGAGGAGGAAUCAUGUUGCUGUGGUUGGAAGUAAAUAUUUUUAAUUAACUUCAAAAGAAGAAGGAGAGCAAAUUAUAAUCUUACCACUGGCUGUUCACUGCUAACUGCAUGGGCUGAGCAAGGUCUGCUCUGCCUAAAUUGUGUAUUUGAUUCAUGCUAAAUUCCCCCAGACUAUUUUUAACAACAUAGUGUUGCUCUCUGAAUUUCAAACUGCAUGUUACCUUCCAGCAUUGACAUUUAAGGUGCCAGUCGGGUCCUGCAGAGAAGCCCUACCAUCCUGGGCUAUACACCAUUGCUGCCCAUUGAUCUGUUAAACCAGGGCCAGCCAGAGUAUGUACAGUACUAAAAUAUAAAUUCAGGCUUUGACUGUGUGAUCAUUUUCAGUCCAUGGGAGUUUUGCUGUUACCUACUUUACAGGGGUUUUUACUCUGUGGCGUAAGCUCUGUGGAGGUACACUCUCUCCUUUUUACAAGUCAAAUAAGAGAACCUGUGAAUCAGGGAGACAGCAGGGAUUCUAAGUGGAUGUCAAAUCUUGUGAAACAAAUCUUGCUGCUGCAUGAUCUGUGGAGCUUUCUUCCCUGGCAAGAAUUUUGCCCCUUUUAAGGGAUGCUGCACCUGCCUGCAUUCCUACUUACCACGCUAUGACUGUCUUUUUACGCCUUGCCAGCAUGAAGUUCUAACUAAUGCUUUAUCUUUCUUACCUCCAUACAUCAUCCAGAAGUGAUGUUAGAGCCAAAGCCUUUGUAUCAUAUAGGAAACUUUGCAUCUGAAGGCUAGCGCAACCAGUAAGCCUUUCUUCCAGGGAGCAAAGUGACUCUAGAGUCUUCCUAGAUACACAUGUAGGGCAGUUUUCAUGAAGCCCUAAUUACUCUCAGCCUCUUCCAGCAUGUAGCAAUGGAUUGUUAUUCUGCCAGACAUAGGCAAAGUGUACACUAUCUCCUUCAUGAACCUGGAAUACCACUGGCAAAUGAGCUUUGCUCACUAGCUCUUGCUCUCUGUGUUCCCAAGGCCAGCAAUUAGGCAGCAUAGGCACCUUUAGAAUUUGUAACAGGUGGCUUUGCACCACUUGGGCUCAGUGUCUCAUGGGGGAAUUGGGGCUUGGACUGGGGGUUCUUUAAAUGAUCUACUCUUCUUAAUUGGUGGAUUUGAGAGUAAGUGGCAGGGCAUGUCUCUUGUCAAUGGUCCCAGGCUCAGCAAGGAGGUGGUAGAGUUGGGCAUACUUGGCCAACAUAAGGUAUCAGUCCCAGUCUCCCUAGGGACAGAAUUCAGAGUUGGAGUAGGCCACAGCAGAUCUCUGCAGGAGCUGUCUGGAACUCUGCAGGACUAGUAGCUGCAAUAUAUUUUGGGUAAGUAGAAUUUGAUCCUACCGAAUAAGGCCUGCUAGCUGUUCCCUGCAAUUAGUCCCAUGGAAACCUUGCAAGAUAUUGCCAAAGAAGUACAAAUUGUUCUUUUGUACCUUACAAGCACAUAUUAAAGAAUAUCCUGUAUCCAGGCUUGGUUAGUUUGAUUCCUGUGUGUUAACUUGUGUGUGGGCACUAUAACAUCUUGGUCUGCAAACAAAUGUUGCAAAAAUUCUUGGGUAUAAAAUUGAUCCGUCCUCCAGCUACUGAAUUGUAUUACUUGAGUUACUCAGCCUGGGUCAUGUCUUCUUUGAUCCAUUUGUAACUUUUCUUGGAAUAUUCACAAUAUGAAUUCCAGUUGUUUAUUUCUACUACAACUUUGGCUGUGAUUGAGAGGUGUGAGAUACAAUAAACGUGUAUGCGGUAAUGGA